GUUAACAGUAUCAGCCUCUGCAAAGUUAUAGCAUGCAAACCUUUUAGAUCCUUCACGAACGGAGAGAGAGAAAAAGAAUCUGAUUAUGGCUCAGAGAGCGGUGGGGCAGACAGACAUGCCAGCUUGGUUUGCCUGCAUGGGAUCCGGCAGCCCGAAAGCCCAGCAGAGAUUCGGUGAGACGGCUGAUGGUGCCUUGGAGAAUAAACCUCUGAAUCUGGCUACUUUGGGUUGUGGCUGGUGCAUGCAAGGAACGAGCAGGAAAGAAACAGAGGCUUCUCGAUACACAGCAUCUGCAGGCAGCAGUGAGCCGAAGUCAGAUGUUAGCAGAGCAGCUCGUCAGAAUAAACGUUUUCAAAAUGCAGAUUUAAAGAGUGAACGUAUGCUGGUGAAGGGUGGAAAAAUCGUAAAUGACGACCAGUCAUUCUUUGCUGACAUUUAUGUAGAAGAUGGAUUGAUCAAGCAAAUUGGUGAGAAUCUGAUAGUGCCUGGCGGGGUGAAAGUUGUCGAUGCCCACGGAAGGAUGGUUAUACCAGGGGGGAUUGAUGUCCACACCCGCCUACAGAUGCCCAGCAAAGGGAUGACAGCUGCUGAUGACUUUGCCCAGGGAACAAAAGCAGCCCUGGCUGGAGGCACGACCAUGAUUUUUGACCACGUGCUGGUGGAGUCUGGGGUCAGCCUGAUCACAGCAUUUGAGCAGUGGAGAGACUGGGCAGACAACAAGUCCUGCUGUGACUACUCGCUCCAUGUCGACAUCACCGAGUGGUACAAAGGCCUGCAGGAGGAGAUGGAGUUCCUGGUGAAGGAACACGGUGUGAACUCUUUCCUUAUCUACAUGGCUUACAAAGAACGCUACCAGCUCUCUGAUACCCAGAUGUACGAAGCUCUGAGUGCGAUCCGUGACAUGGGCGCCAUUGCCCAAGUUCAUGCUGAAAAUGGUGACAUUAUUGCUGAGGAACAGCAGAGGAUUCUUGCUCUGGGUAUCACCGGACCCGAAGGCCAUGUGCUAAGCCGACCAGAAGAGGUGGAGGCGGAAGCAGUGAAUCGGGCCAUCACUAUUGCGAACCAAACUAACUGUCCGCUCUAUGUGACCAAGGUAAUGAGCAAGGCAGCAGCUGAUAUCAUUGCCCAGGCAAGGAAGAAAGGUACAGUUGUGUACGGAGAACCAAUCACUGCGAGUUUAGGCACCGAUGGAUCCCAUUAUUGGAGCAAGAACUGGGCAAAGGCUGCUGCCUUCGUGACUUCCCCUCCUCUGAGCCCCGAUCCGACCACCCCAGACUAUCUGAACUCCUUGCUGUCCUGUGGCGAUCUGCAGGUUACCGGCAGUGCUCACUGCACCUUCAACACCUCCCAGAAGGCUGUCGGGAAGGACGACUUCACCAUGAUUCCAGAAGGCACCAAUGGGAUCGAGGAGCGGAUGUCCAUCGUGUGGGACAAGGCUGUGGUCUCUGGCAAAAUGGAUGAGAAUCAAUUUGUGGCCGUGACCAGCACCAAUGCAGCCAAGAUUUUUAACUUGUACCCGAGGAAGGGCCGUAUCGCUGUGGGUUCGGAUGCAGACCUUGUCAUCUGGGACCCUGACAUGGUCAAGACAAUCACUGCAAAGAAUCAUAACCUGGCAGUGGAGUACAAUAUCUUUGAAGGGAUGGAGUGCCGUGGUGGCCCUUUGGUAGUGAUCAGCCAAGGGAAGAUAGUCCUGGAGGAUGGAAUAAUGCAUGCUUCCGAGGGCUCUGGGCGCUAUAUCCCCAAGAAGGCAUUCCCCGACUACGUGUACAAGAGGAUUAAAGCAAGGAGCAAGUUAACAGAACUGCGAGGUGUCCCCCGGGGUCUCUAUGACGGCCCUGUCUGUGAGGUUUCAGUGACUCCUAAAUCCGUCACGCCCGCUUCCUCUGCAAGGACCUCACCUGCAAAGCAGCAAGUACCCCCAGUUCGGAACCUUCACCAGUCAGGAUUCAGUUUGUCUGGUAAAUGUGCGCAGGUAGACGACAACCUCCCUCGCCGUACUGGCCAGCGCAUCGUGAUGCCUCCUGGUGGCCACGCGAACAUUACAACGCUCGGAUGAUCGCCCCGGUCGUUCACUGGUGCUGGUGAAGCUAUCAUCGUUCCUUCCAUUUUUGUUUUUUUUCCCCCCCGUUUUUAUUUUGGAAGAGCCUGUGACAGUUACUGUGGACAAGCAAUCCUGGGUUCACGAGUACCUUUCCAGUGUUACAUUAAUCGACAACUUGUUGCCGUGAGGGAGCUUUGCGCUCUCUCUCCUCAAAUCCAUGUUCUGAUGUGACGAGGUGCCCCAGGGUAGCUGGCUAAUUUGAGAAACAAAGCACCUUGACUGAGGGAGGUAGGAGUGAAUUCCAGAGACCCUCUGUGCAAUGGAAGCAUUGUUGUGGCAGACGUGUGAAACCUGAACCGGUGGGGAGGAGGGGUGAUGUCGAGACAAUGUGUGCGUGUGUCAGACCCCAGUCUGUUCUCAGUAGACACAGUAUGGGAUGCACAGUAUAGCAUUAGUAUUUUAAUUAGAAAUGAUUUUACUCAUUGAUUCAUCACUUUUAAAUAAUACAUAUUUACUCACAUUUUAUUUAAAUUUCACUAAGUGUGAAGAACAUUCGUUUCCAUAAAACUUGGUGCUUAUUGAAAAGCAGGAGGUAUAGGAACUGUAAAACUGAGAUGGUGCCUGUGUAUAAGUCUGGAAAUAGAUGUUGGUUUACAUUUUCAAUUUUGGCUGCUUGAACAGUGGAGGACGCUUUGAAUCCCCUCUAUCACCCAGCUUCAAUAUUCUUCCUCAGAAGACUAUUGGGAACAGUUUGAUCAUAAGCUGUGGAGUAACCAUCACAUGGUGAAGUAUUUGCACGUGUGCACACAGCAGAAAAGUGGUGACCCAUGUGAGGCCGUGCCGGAAACCACAAAGAUGGAUCUUUAGAUAAUAAAGUAACGCUCACAGAAUGCUGAGUUUCUCGACAGGUCAGGCAGUAUCUAUGGGAACGUUGACGUUUUGGGUUGGGACGCUUCACCAAACCUGAUGAAGGGUUUCAACUUGAUAGGUUCUUGAUUGGUCAGGAAUACGGGGAGAAGGCAGGGGUUUGGGGCUGAGAGGGAAAAAGGAUCAGUCAUGAUAAAAUGGUGGAGCCAAAUGGUCUAAUUCUGCUCCUAUAUGAUGAGACUCUAUAAGGGAUUCCCAAGCUGGGGUCUACAGACCUCCUUGCUUAAUGAUAUUGGUCCAUGGCAUAAAAAAAAGGUUGGGGACCACUUCUCCUCACCAAUCCUGAUGAAGGGUCUCAGCCUGAAACAUCAACUCUUUAUUUCUUUCAGUAGAUGCUGCCUGACAUACUGAGGUCCUUGAGCAUUUUGUGUGUGUUACUCUGGAUUUCCAGCAUCUGCAUAAUCUCUUGUGUUGAUCUUUAGAUAAAAGGAUAUUCCGCAUAACAAGCUUACACCUUCAGUCAGUUUUUAUCCAGAAGAAGUGGGAGGAAAUUUCUCCUCCCUUGUGUGUGAUGAGUGCAGGUUUUAGCGAUGUGAUCCGUCGUGAACUCUGCCUUGAGAAAGUCUGUCCCUUUAGGACCAGGUUUCAAAGCAAGAGUUAUAAGAAGGUGUAACAAUAUUGUGUGUGUGCGAUGCAUGCUGUAUAGAGAGAGAGAAAGAAGAGUUUCUACCCCGAGGUAUCUUCCUAGCUCCCUGUGGUUUGUGCUGCCCCCUCUCCUAGUGUGCUGCCUUACUUUGAUCUCCAGCCGAUGGGACUUCACUGCUGUCUUCCUCUCUGGGUGCUUUGGUCCACUUUGGCCAGCUUUCAAUGUGAUUUUUUUUCAGACCGCCAGCUAACAGCAUGUCCAUUGAUAGCUAGUUUGAGUUUAUCACCGAAUAAGCCUCCUGCUACCUGGGCAGUUUUGUAGGUUAAUUGACCGCAGUGACUUGAUGCUCUGAAAUUCAUGGCAAUUAUGAAAUGUAGUCUUGAUGGAUUUUUACAUACAAGCCCUGUAUUGCAUUUUCCUGAAGAGGUGGGAACCAAUGUGCGUAGUUGCAUUACCGUUGGAAGGGUUAAGGAUAAUGCCCUUGUCUGUUUUGUCCCCUCGUACACUGUUGUGUUGAAUGAAGUUGUGAUUUGUUCCUCGAGAGAAGGCUGAAGACGAAUAAAGUUUUACUGACCUGAACUCACAAUAAAACAAAUUGCUGUUUGACCGUCUAAGUGUGGUGGUGUUU